CAAAAAUAUCAUAAAAUGGGUUGUGCUAUAAGGAAACAAGAAAGAAUAAAUGAAGAUCAAGCUUUACUAGCAGUACAAACACAUUUUUCUUUGGAAGAUGUGAAGUCAUUAACUGAACUCUUCAGAAAAUUAAGUUGUUCAAUUUGCAAUGAUGGCUUUAUUAGCAAAGAAGAGUUCCAGCUUGGAUUAUUCAGAGAUAACAGGAAGCAUUCACUGUUUUCAGACAGGAUGUUCAACUUGUUUGACUCUAACAAGGAUGGGCUAAUUGACGUUGAGGAAUUUAUCCGUACACUAAGCAUCUUUCAUCCUGAUGCUUCUCAAGCAGAAAAAAUUGCUGUUGCAUUUAAACUAUAUGAUAUAUGGCAAACAGGCUUUAUUGGACAUAAAGAGGUGAAGGAGCUUGUUUUUGGGCUAUUAUAUGAGUCAGAAUUGAUACUCACUGAUGAUAUAGUUGAAGAAAUUAUCGACAAGACAAUUGAAGAAGCAGAUUCUAAAGGGGAUGGAAAGAUAGAUAUAGAAGAGUGGAAUAAUUUUGUAGCUCAUAAUCCAUCUUUGUUGAAAAAUAUGACAAUUCCAUAUCUCAAGGAUAUCACAGUUUCAUUUCCUAAUUUUGUGGUGAAUACACAAAAGAAUGAUGAGAUUUACAAGGAUUUUUGACUUAUAAAAGUGGUGACGUGGUGAGUACCCUUCAAGAAUAUAUAUAUAUAUAUAUAGUUGUUUUUGCAGGGAGCGCAUACAAUGGCUUUAUUGCAUUUCCUCAUAUAAUCUAUGUUGUUCAGACUA